UGCCAAGCUCAGUCCGUGACAGGAGUUUUUCACCUGACGGAAUUUGCCGCUUACUAUCACCCACCGGCCAUUAUAUCGCCGACAGCCACCGAGACCCGCUGUGCCCUCCAAGGGUGACUUAUCCUCCGCUGCCAUCUUCCCAAUAACCAAGGACACCGCCUACACCUAUAGCAAAGUCGCCAUAAGUUUGCUGUGGGCUCACCCCUUCGCUGGGGACACCGGAAACAGCCCCGGUCUGCACGGUUACUUAUCAGACUCGUCACCCAUUCACCCCUCCUUCGUUUAUUCGUCUAUAGGAGACCGAAUGCUUGCCACCUGUGACCUGCGCUCCUGCAAUCUUUAGCCCUCCUUGGCAUGAUCCUUUCCUGGUUUUCCCGGUGACGAAGCAGGUCCCCUCGGUGUCCCCGUGGCUUCCAGGAUCAUGUCCUGCUGCGGGGAGUAUCAGGUGACGGAAACACAAAGACAAUGGAGACCCCUGAUUUACAGGAAAUGUACAGAUAUUCCUUGGCUGGUUGUGUUUUUUCUUUUUUGUUCUGGUUUGAUGUUCAUAAGUGGCUACGCGUUAACAGCUGGAGCCGCCGAGAGACUCGUCUUUGGUUAUGACAGUUAUGGAAAUGUGUGUGGAAGAAGAAACUCUCCUCUACCAAAUGCUCCUUUUUCGGGACAGGAUAUGACUAAUCGGAAGUAUGUUUUCUUCUUCGAUUCGUGUAAUCUGGCAGUCACGAACAUGAAAAUCAAUUCCACUGCCUUGUGUGUAUCAAGUUGUCCUCAGGAGCAACUUAAAUCUCUAGAAGACAUACAGUUAUUUGCAAAGAACAACGGCUCACACCUUUGUGUUUAUAAACUGAACUACACACAAUAUACAAAUCACCCAAAUGCCUUGGAAUGGUGCCCAGUGCUCCCAGUGCCAUCAAGCAAAACUAUCCCGCUGUUCAAUCGCUGUAUUCCUCAAAACCCAAACUGUUACACUCAAUUUGCUUCCGUCUUGGUAAAUGUGGUUAAUGAAGUUGACUUUUUCCAUCGGGUUCUCAGUGGGAUUAUGGCAGGCAGGGAAAAUGUGAUAGGACUGAGCAUCCUUGCAGUAGCUUUAUCUGUUGUGAUGGUCUUAACGUUCCGAUACAUCAGUACUCUGCUGGUUCACAUAUUUGUUACCCUUGUUAUUUUUGGACUGAUAUUUGUCUCCGGAGUGCUCUGGUGGCUGUUCUACGACCACAUGCAUGAUCCCCGCUAUGAGCUGAAAACUGGAAAGGAAAACGCAAUGUUCUUACUUGGAUUUGCGAUAGUUGCAUCCGUGAUAACUGUCGUACUUCUGUAUUUGAUAUUUCGGCUAAGGAACAGGAUCCACAUGACUAUUCAACUUUUCCAAGUUAUAAGCAAAUAUAUCAGUUGCAUCCCAUUCCUCGUGCUGCAGCCACUGUGGACGUUUAUCAUUCUUAUUUUUUACUGGGUGCUUUGGGUAGCUGUGCUUCUUAGUUUGGGAACUUCAGGCAGCGCUCAGGUUUCGUCAGAGGGACUCGUGGAAUACAAAUCAAUUUCUGGCAUUCGGUAUAUGUGGUGGUACCAUUUAGUUGGCCUUAUAUGGACUAGUGAAUUUUUUCUCGCUUGUCAGCAAAUAAUUAUUUCUGGAGCAACGGUUUCUUGGUAUUUACACCGAGAUAAAAAUAAAGUUCAACACCCAGUUCUAUCUGCUAUGUCUCUUCUGUUUUGGUAUCACCUGGGAACAGCCAUCGCAGGAUCCUUCUUGUUAAUGUUUGUAAGAAUACCCAGGAUCAUUUUAAUAUACUUUUCUCAGUUGUUAAAACAAAGGGACAAUGCAUGUACCAGGUGUACAUCUCGGUGCUGUUUCUGCGGUUUUUGGUGUCUCGAAAAGUGGCUAGGAUGUUUAAAUCAGAAUGCCUACACAGCAGCAACAAUUAAUGGAACAUCAUUCUGUACAUCCGCAAAGGACGCGUCGAGUCUCUUAGUAAAAAACCCUCCCUUUGUCUCGUACCUGAAUAGAUCCGGCGUGUUCCUGGUUUUUCUUGGAAAGGUGUUUGUUGCAUGUUUCACAGUGUUUGGAGGACUAAUGGCAUUUAACUAUCACCGUGAGCUACACGUCUGGGUUAUCCCUUUGCUGUUAGUUGCAUUCUUUGCCUAUUUGGUGGCCCAUAGCUUUCUAUCUCUGUUUGAAACGGUUAUGCACAGUCUGUUCCUGUGCUAUGCUGUGGACAUUGAGACGAACGAUGGAUCUCCUGAAAAACCUUACUUUAUGGACCAAGACCUAAUGGCUUUAAUUCACCAAUCUGGAGCAGAACCAGAGAAACUAAAGAACAGACCAGUGCAGAAUGGCGAAGAGGGGACAGAACUUCAGCCAAUAGCCAGAGCAGACUGAAGAGCUAGCAAUCUAUUCCAGCUACAGGAGGUCACAACCUAACAUCACAUCUCUGCACCGGGUCCAGGAGAAACAUCUCAUCAUGAGCCGGACUGUUCUGCAUCACGGAUGUAUCUCGGGAUACAAUGAAACUCGUCAGAUGGAGAGCGACCUUCGCAUGCAGUUUUCCCAUCUGGGUCACGGCUCACAGUUUGAUGGGACUGGAGGGAACGCGCACAACUAUCCUCUCGGAUUUUUUAAAGGAUUUAUUAAGACAACAAUGUAUUGAUGCACAACAGAACUUGCCAUUUUACCUACUUAUGCAAUAAGAAUAAUGCUAAGAGGUCUAACUAUAUUUAAAUGCAUGUCACGGUACAUUUCUUCUGUUGCUUGCACUGUCAGAUCUGGUUCAUUCGUUUUUAGUGCACUUUUUUUUUUUUUUAAGCAUUUCACGUUAUUUUUUUUAUAUAGAGACUAGAGCACAUUUACAACAGAAACUGAAAGCGAGAUCAGUUAACAUAAAAAAAAAAAACCCAUAUCAGUAUGAAAGUAUGUUAAACGCAUGCAUGGCUAAUACCUCGCUCAGGUUGUGCCCUAUGAUGCGAAAAAACAAUACAUAGCACACUCCCCGCAGAGGGCGAUAUAUAUUGAGAGGCAAUGUGGAAGAAGUUUAGGUUUGUAUACACCAUUUGAGGUGCCCCUGGGAUUCAAGAGGACGGGCAGAUUAUUUACCCAACAACCCCCGAGGAGCACGAGUUGCAGAAUGCGGCAGAAAAAUAAAUAUGCACAA